AUGCGCAUGAUCGCGGAGAAGUUUUUGGCCAAAAACCAAAAGGUUUUUUGUGCGUUCAUGGACGUAGAAAAGGCAUAUGACAGAGUGGAUAGGGAUGUGCUAUGGCAAACACUGAACUCAUUUGGGUUGAGCGCUGGCUUGAUACAGGCAUUGGAGUCUCUUUGUAGGGACUCUGGUGCUUGUGUUAGGAUCAACGGGGUCGACUCGGACUGGUUUGACAUCCAUAAAGGUGUCAGACAGGGCUGUGUGGCUUCCCCGUGGCUGUUAAACCUAUUUAUGAAAGUUGAGGAAUGCGGUUUAAGAAUGGGUGAGUUAACCAUCAAAUGCCUUUUGUACGCCGAUGAUCAAGUUAUCCUUGCGUCGUCGGCGGCCGAGUUGCAAAUGAUGGUUACAUUAAUGAACAGAUCAUUAAAAGAAAGGGCUAUGAAAGUGAACGCAAGUAAGACGAAGGUUAUGGUUUUUGAAAGAGAAGAAAGUAAAACGAUUUGUGAAAUAAGAAUAGAAGGGGAGUUGAUCGAGCAAGUAGAUGAGUUUGUAUAUUUGGGCUGCGUAUUUAGCAGGGAUGGGAGAUAUGAUAAGGAUAUAGAACGACGAGUGAAUGCGGGAAAUAGAGUAAAUGGGGCCCUGCACUCUAUUGUGAAAGUCAAAUAUUGCGAAGUCAAAAUGUGUCAAAAAAGGCACGUAUGA